UCUCAACUCGACGCCACGCUACAAAUAUAAAUAGUUUGGGAUUUAACAACAGCAUUGAAUCUUUCAAGAACUGGUUCCGGUUUACCUGGUCCUAUAAUGACUAUUCCGAAUUCAUCAACAAUAAAUACAGAUGGAACAUACAAUUUUUCGCACGAAAUCACAUCUUAUCCUAAUGGGAUAAUUAAUAAUAUGAAUUCUUAUGGAGGGAACACUAUGCUUAUGAUUGGUGCCAAUUCUAAUGGAUUGCUAAAUAAUUCAAACAAUGUUCAAAUUUAUCCUAAUCAUAUUUAUUAUAAUAAUCAAUGUUUAUAUGGUACAGAUUAUUAUCAUAGUUGUUUUAUUGGUGGACCGACAUCAUCGGAAUUAUUAAGAUUAUUAGAAAAUUGUCAGCUUGGUUUCUCAUCUGGUGCAUCCAGUAUGACAGCUUUAUGCUCAGAACGUUUAACACCGGCAGAUUCAUUAAAUUCAAUUAUUCACCAUUCAGGUUUGUGAUAUUGAUUUGGGAAAUUUUUCAUUUCUCGCCCUCCUCCUCCUCCUCCUCCUCAUCAUCAUCAUCAUCAUCAUAAGGAGAUUGUUUCCGAACUAUUUAUAUACCAUCAUCUUAUUGACUUUUUGAUUAAAUCAUCGAAA